AUGGACUUCCGUACGAUUUGGAAGACUCCAUUUCAAAAACCAAUGGACAAAAUCGCUGUUAGAUCACUUUGCUAUAAACCAGAUUAUUCACAGCUGAUUGCGUCCUAUUCUAAUGACUUAUUCUUCUUAUCUCCAGACACUGGAGAAAUUAUCGAACAAAAAAGAGCACAUCAUGCCACAAUUUACUGUGUGAAAUGUUCUCCAGAUGGAACUUUCUUUGCAUCAUGUGAUUCUGAUGGAAAAGUUGUAAUUUGGAGAUCAUUAAAUAAUGAAGGCUACGUAUCAUAUGGUAGCUCUGAUUCUGCGACAUGUUUAGAAUGGUGCCCAUCGAAACAGCUACUUAUUUCUGUUGCAAAGAAAGAAUAUAGAAUAUGGAAGCCAGAAGAUACAGCUGCUGCUCCUGUAGAAGUUCAAUUUCCAAUUCUUUCGAUUGCUUUCUCACCACAAGGUGAUACAUUCGUCUUAUCAUUCGAUAAUGGUAUUUUACACGUAGUUUCAGUCGAAACACAAGAAGUUUUUCAAACAUUUACAUACCCAUCGAUCGUAACAACUAUGAAAUUCAGUACUAUUGACAAUAAAGACUAUUUAGUUACAUCAGAUUUAGAUUGCAGAGUAUCAAUGUACAGAAUAAGCGAUAAAACACUUGUCGGCAAGAACUCAAUACCUUUUGAAGCUCUAUGUUGCUCAUCAGUUGGUGAUAGCUCAUUUUUCUUUGCUUUUGCCGGUAUAUCCGGAAAGGUUUCAUUAUUAACUUCAUCUCUAUCAUAUCUUGGUGACUUCCAGAGCGGCAGUGACUGGAUCUGGGACAUUGCCGUUGACAAACGUGGCAGAGUUGCAAUAGCAACAAAAGAAGGAUAUGUCGAACUAAGAAGUAUCGAUUUCGGCAUUGCUUUUGCAUCAGCCGGGGAUGUUGUUGCCUACAGAAACAGUGUGAACUCAAUGGUAAUCAAAAACAUCAUCAGCGGACAUACAAAAGAUAUGGCAUUCAACAAAAUCAUCGCAUCUACCACUAUGUCAUCGAGUUUCCUUCUUGUACAGUUCAAAGAUAGCGUUAUUACCUACAAAUACUCGAUCGACGCCCAAAAUGGUGGCCAAUUAAUUGUUGAAAAGAUAAAUGAGAUUCCUGGUAACUUCGAGAAGUCUCUUUUCGCUAUUACAAGGAUCCAUAUCAUAUCCGCUGAAGGAACACAACUCGCUUUCUAUGAUUUGACCGGUUGUAGACUUCCUGGUUUCACUUUUUCUGCCAACAUCACUUCACUUCGGACAACAUCUGCAUUUAAUGACGGAGUAAUUGUCGGAUGUGCAGAUUCACGUGUCUACUUCGUAAUGAUGGACAUGAAAGAGCCUGUUCUCCUCGCAAGACACACUUCUUCUGUUGCUGAUGCCAUAAGAAGCGGUUUGAUCGUAACGGUUAGAGGCAAAAAUGGUGAAUGUGGAAUUUACGAUUCUUUUGAGAGAAAGACGAUAGAGAUGUUAGAAAAUGUCAGAUCAAUGGCUUAUUCCGAUCGAGUUGAAGGACUUUUAGCGACAAGUAAUGGUACAGAAGUAACAAUUCAUUACAAAGAUUGCAAGCCAAUUACACAAUUCAUUGAAGGCGAUAUUUUGGCAUUUGUUCGAAAUAAAGUUAUUUUGACAAAUGAAGGAGCUUUGGAAACAGUCGAUGCACCAUUACCUCUUAAAGAACUCAUAGAAAGAGAAGACUGGGAUUCAGUUAAAAGACUUUGCGACGUUGGACCAUCAGAAGACCAAUUAACUUUUGUUGCCAAAGAAGCAAUUAAAAACAAAAAAUUUGAGAUUGCAAAACUCAUUUCUCCUGAUAUUUCUAAGUCAAUGUCCUUCUUUGUUAAUGAAGUUUUACCUUCAACACCUCAUGAAAAUGUAAAUGAUACAAUCGCAAUUUUCUUAGGUGAUGAAAGUUACAAUAAAAAAUCUAAAAAUAAAAGUGACACUUCAGAAACAAAUGAAAGCCAAAGUGGUUCAAAUCCUGCAAAAUACAGAGCCAUUGAACUUGAAAAGUCAGGUGCACAAGAAGAAGCAUUGGCAGCUUACGCGGAAUGCGGCGAAUGGGAUGAUGUUUUCAGAUUGGCAGAAUCGAAACACUUAGAAAGAGCAAUUGUUGAUUACGCGUUCCCUGAAGAACACACUGAAAAAGCUGCUAAAGUUUUGUUAAGUGCUGGUUUAGGAGAAGGAGCAAUCAGGUUAUUGACAAGAUCUCAGAACCACGAAAACCUUGCAAAAGCAAGAGUUUAUUUAGGUCAAUGGGUUGAAGCGAUUUCUUUGUCAAGAUUAUACGCGAGUGUUUAUAAUAUCGUGUAUCCAAGAUUCGGAGAAUUAUUGUUUGAAAGCGGUAGAUACUUCGAGAGUUUAGUUUGUUUCUUUAUUCCUGAAAAACAUGAUGAUAGAAACGCAAGUUUACAAAAAAUGGUCGAUUGUUGUUCGAUAUCAAAAGCAUUCGACCAAUUAUCAUUUUUGUUUUUGAUGCAUGCAUUUAAUGAUAGUGAUUCUUAUUGGAGAUUAUUCCAGAGAACUACUGCUUAUAUGACAGCUCAUCAUUUAAGGAACAUGACAUUGUUACCAAUGAGUUUAGAUGACUCAAUUCGAUUGUUCCAAAUGAGUUAUUAUUUGUUGGCUUGUAUUGCUGAAUUUCCUCUUUUAGGAGUGAAUGUUUUGGAUGUUUUAGUGCAGUUGUUAGUCAGUUCUUCUGCUCUUGGAAUGAAGAAAUGGUUGACAUACGCAAUUAAAGAAAUCCAAGCAUUUAAACUCGAUGAGAAAACAAAGCAAAUUGUUCAAAGAGCAGCAAGAGCAAGUAAAGAAGCUCAAGAUCAACAAAUAACAUUCAAUUGUCCAAGAUGCAAGAAAGACAUUUAUACAAGUGCAAAAAUGCCAAUCUUGUGUUGCGGAAAUUGCGGAAUGAGAUUGGCUUUUUCAGCUCAUUCUUGCAGACCUCUUCCUUUAGUAGCUUUCACUUAUACUCCUUCGCCAAAGGAACAAAGAGAACCAGAACAACUCAUCCAAAUCGAACCAGGAAUUGCAAGCCAAUCUGAAAUUCCUGCUGACAAUGUAUCAGAGAGAUUUUUGAUUGAACAACCUGCUGAAUUGUUUGUUGUUCAGUCAUUGAAGAAGAAGGCUGGUGUGAAACCACAGUUGUGGUACAACCAGACUUUGACUUGUGUCCACGUUUGUCAGACAUGCGGUGUUAUUUUGGAUGAUGAAGAUUUCGAAGAAACUGCAAUGACAAAUGAAAUUUGUCCAAUUUGCAGAACGGCUUUGAUUGAAGGACACAAGGCAGAAGAUAUUCAUAAUGAUAUCCUUGAAAUGUUAAGACCUUUCGAAGAUGAAUCACCUGUUUCAUUCUAA